UGAGAAUCUGUUGUCUGACUGUCAAGAACCAAAAUUCAAAGCAAUGUGUAUGCGCUUUGCGCAUGCUCAAACUGACGAGGCCGCUCAACUUCUGUUCGCCGCGCGCUGGAAUCGCCAUAACUGGAACCGGGGGAUUCGGUUUAGGGCUCACGGAGUGCCUGUAGAAGGGUGAAUCAGAAUGGGAGACAAGCCGAUUUGGGAACAAAUAGGAUCCAGCUUUGUGCAACAUUACUAUCAGCUGUUUGACACAGACAGGACUCAACUUGGAUCGAUAUAUAUUGAUGCGUCAUGCCUUACGUGGGAGGGUCAGCAAUUCCAGGGAAAAGCAGCUAUUGUCGAAAAGCUUUCCAGCCUGCCCUUCACAAAAAUAGCUCACAGCAUAACAGCACAAGACCACCAGCCCACCCCUGAUAGCUGCAUAUUGAGUAUGGUAGUAGGCCAACUAAAAGCAGAUGAUGACCCCAUCAUGGGAUUCCAUCAGAGCUUCAUCCUGAAGAACAUUAACGAGGCGUGGGUUUGCACCAAUGACAUGUUCCGCCUGUCGCUGCACAAUUUUGGUUAAACGCCCCAUGGCUAGCAGGAGGGAAGUGGGGGAAGGUGGAGGAUGGGGUUCCGCCCUGAUGACGCCUGAACCUGUCAAUCAGCCCUUCAUACAUCACACUCAAGAAAAACGGCACCGGAUUACAGCAGUCAAUCACAGAAAACAUGCAGGCAUAUACAGUACUGCCUCUACUCCAGAAAUGACAUGUUUCUUUGCUGAAAGCCCACACAUCCAUCAAACUGACCCUUUUCCUUCGCCAACCUGCAUGAUGAUGGGGAGCUUAAAUAUCAGAGGACUCCCUGAACAGGACAAAUACGUAUUAACCUAACCUCGGCUGUUUUUUACAUUUUAGUUGCUGAUUUUUGACUUUGAAAUAACAACCGUCUGUCUUUCAUUGCUUUAGUACAAAGUGUUAUCAGCUUGUUUUUAGAAUAUGCUCCUUGAAGUUUAAUUUUUUUUUUUUUGCCCCCUUUUGAAAAUUGGUGUCUCCAUUCAAUGUGAUGUCAGGUUGCUCUAGCUAUCCAAAGAACACAACCCUAAUUUCCCCUUCCCCUCAGACCAGUGUGCUUCCCAAUUUCUGCUCACUGCUCUCUGUGACAAUAAUUACCAAGCCACGAUACACAAUAAAAACCUUUGACUUUUUCUUAACAACGUCAUCAUCUUGUUCAUCCCCCUGUCUGGUUUUGCGUCUACCUUUUUUCCCUUUUCUAUGCUUGCCUGUUCAUAUUUUUGAUACUGUUUCAUAUUAGAUUCUCUCAUGAAGAUUAUAGUUUUAUUUGAGCAGAGCUGAAACAAUGGAGCUGUUAUUUCUCUUGUUAUAGGUGGCCAGUGUUUCCUGAUGCAGAUGUUCAUACUAAAAAUAAUUUUUCAACAUUUUCUAUGUAACCCUAACCCUAUGAAUACAAUGGACGCUCUUGUUAAAAAGAGGAAAAUAUGAAUCCUCCAAUGAUCACAUAAAGCAAGUUUAGUCGUGGAUAAAAUGAGUUUGAGACGAACAGAAAAAUCCCAGAAGUGCAGAUGAAUUUUCAGUGUUUUAUUCUUUCAUUUACCCUUUUUGUUUUAGUUUAGAGGUUUUGUUUCCCCAUUUUCCAUUGAUUAAAAUCUUGAAGUAAUGGAAUGUGGGAUGUUAUGUUUCAUAAGCUUGUAUGAAUGUAAAUGCCAUCGAGUUUGUAGUGUGCCCAGAGCUGUUAUAUUUUGACAUUACCAGUUCAAGAAGGAUCACAGACACAUAAAGCCUGAAACGUGACAUCAGAAAUACUAGUUUGUGGGAAUAAGAGGUGAUUAUCUCUUCAUUUUCACGUGUUUACACUAAAGGAGUUAUGUUUAUUCAUUGUUUAGGAUUAGAAAAUCAUAUUCACAUAAUAUUGAAGGCCUUUGUGCCAAGAGAUGGUACAGGUAUUUUAGGUCUUCUGCGUUGUAGCUUUUUGCACUGAUAUAUCUUGACAGAUCUGCUAGAACAUCAGUAUGAGUCAUUUUCUCACAUUAUAUUUUUGCUGGCAAAUACAUGUGCUGUACACGUACUUCAUGCUUGCUCGACCCUGCAGGUAUACCCUCUCAUUUGUGGUUUGAGGGGAAGAGCAAAAGAAGACUUGAUUUUCCCAACAAAACAGCAUUAAUACAAUGUGAAUACAGUAAGAGACUACUUCAGUUGCCUACAUGUAUGUGGAAAUAAAGGAGAUCAAAGAAAA